AUGUCUAACUUGAAAUCAUUAAAAGCUGUGAGAACGAAAUAUAGAAACAUUUUGGAUAAAGAAAUAACAAAUUCAACUGGAAUAGUUGGUAGUGAUAUAACAAAAGUUGACAAAGUUUUGAUUUUGCAAGGAGCAAACAUGUGUUUAGGAUUGUUAAAAUCAUACAGUGCUAAGUUAGAAGAACAAAUGAAUAAAUUAACAAAUGCAAUGGGAGAAAAUGUCCCAGAAAUAACAGAAAAAAUUGUUGACGAGGAUUGUCAUUUAAUAUUUAAAGCUGAGCAAAGCUCUAUUGAGCUUAGCCAUUUUGUGGAGUUGGUUCAGAAAGAAAACUCAAAACAGUUUUCUGACACAAACCCAACAGCAUUGGAAGAUAAAAAUGUAUUAUUCCAGGAACAGUUACAAAAGUUAAUGAUAUCACAACUUGAACAACAAAAGGAGUUUUUUGAAAAACAGAAUCAAAAGGAAAACCAUGAAGUGUGUUCUGUAAAAUUGCCUAAAUUGGAUUUAAUUUCAUUUAGUGGUGAUAAGAUGAAAUGGGCAUCAUUCUGGGAUGCGUUCGAAUGUACAAUUCACAACAAUGACAAGCUUUCAUGUAUUGAUAAAUUCAACUACCUGAUGACCAAACUGUAUGGAGAGGCAAGACGUGCCGUAAGUGGAUUAUCAUUAUCAAAUGAAAACUAUACUUUAGCUAUUGGUAUCCUGAAGGAAAGAUUCGGGGAUGAGCAAGAGGCUAUUGAUCUUCAUUACCACAAAUUAAUGAAAAUUCCUCCGAUUGAUAACACACAUGAAAAUCUUCGAAUGUUUCUUGAUUCCAUUGAAAAACAUCUAAGAAGUUUAGAAGUAUUGAAAGAAGAUAUCAAUCAACAUGUUUUCGUGAGUAUGAUCAGGUCAAAGUUACCAAAGGAAGUGCUUCGUCAACUUGAACUAAUGAAAGGACCAACUGACAAAUGGACUGUAGACCUGUUGAGAGAAACACUUCACUCUUAUGUCAUAGCUUGUGAACAUGCACAAAUAAACCCUGAUGAUGAAUAUAGACGAAAGAAUAUGAAUUCUAACAAAAACCAAGUUAAUCGGUAUAAUCCAAGAGUUAAAAAAAUGAACAUCGAUGAACGCUAUCAAAGGUCUACUGCAGAAUCGCUUCUGGUUAAUCAGAAACAAGUUCAAAAUUCUAUUAAAAGGGAUCAUUGUAGAUAUUGUGAUGGAAAACAUUAUAGUGAUGAAUGUUUAAAAUAUAAGACUAUAGAAGAGAGAAAAAAUCGAAUUAAAGGUAGUUGUUUUCGAUGUCUUAGAAACAAUCAUUUGCAAAAGGAAUGCAAAUGGAACAAGAAGUGCGUUUAUUGUGGCGAACAUAACAUUCACCAUCGAAGUCUUUGUCCUAGUAAAUUUAAGCAUCAAUCAGUUGUUGAAAGUGUUAGUCUAUCCGAAGAAACUUGUGCUGAAGAAAAAGACAUUUCUGAAGUAAAUGAAAAUGUAAUGAUAUCUGCUGGUGAAAUGGUACUUAUGCAGACAGCAACUACAGAAGUAAACAAUCCAAAUGGAAAUGGAGCACAAAAUAUAAGGGUAUUGCUGGACUGUGGGUCACAAAGAACGUACAUUACACAGAAGCUUGCUGACAAUUUGAAAUUGAAAGGGACAAAAGAAGAGGAGAUAAAAUUAGUUACUUUUGGAAGUGAUAAAACUACAGUUCUACGAACGAAGACAGCUACUCUUAACAUGAAACUAAAUGAUGGGAAAUUCAUGCCAUUAGUUGUGAACAUUGUGCCUGUAAUAAGUGGGAAUAUUCAAAGAAGAAAAAUGGAUUUAACAUCAAGCUCAAAUUUAAAUCAUCUUAUUCAAAGUCUUGAUCUAGCUGAUACCAUUUCAACCAAAAAUGAGAUGACGAGUAUCGAGAUGUUGAUAGGUAAUGAUUAUUACCUUGAUAUCAUUCUAUCACAAAAGAUGGAAGUUCAACCUGGACUGUAUCUUCUUGGAUCAAAAUUAGGUUGGAUUUUAUCCGGAAGAACACCUGAUAGUGAGAAUGGUAAGGACACAUCUAGUAUGUUAGUUAUUACCCAUGGAAAGGAUAUGACAGAAAGUGGUGUAUUCCAAAGUGUAGAUAGUUCAAUUUCUACUAAACUGGAUUUACAGGACUUUUGGAAUAUUGAAGCAAUUGGUAUAACCGAUGACCCAGCAAUUUCGGAUGACGAAAAAGCUAUGCAAUCUUUUAAAGAAAACAUCAAGUUUGAAGACGGUAGAUAUCAGGUGACUUGGCCCUGGAAAGAGGAACACCCAGAUUUACCUGUAAAUAGGGAACUUGCCUAUGGAAGAUUGAAAUCGUGUAUAAAUAAAUUGAAGAACAAACCAGAUGUCAUGGAAAAGUACAAUUCUGUCAUACAGGAUCAAAUAGACAAAGGAAUUGUUGAAAAGGUAGAUUACUCUACUAAAGACAGUAUUCAGCAUUAUAUACCACAUCACGCUGUGAUAACGCCACAAAAAACAACAACUAAACUUCGUGUUGUAUAUGACGCCUCCGCAAAAACAAGGCCAGAAUAUAAAAGUUUGAAUGAGUGUUUGUUUAGAGGACCUGUUAUGUUGCAAGAUCUAUGUGGACUUCUCAUGAGAUUUAGAUUAAAAAGGGUUGCCUUAAUUUCAGAUAUUGAGAAAGCUUUCCUUCAGAUUGGUUUACAACCAAAUCAAAGAGACGUUACACGAUUUUUAUGGUUGAAGGAUACAAUCAAUCCGUCAGUUUCUCCAAGCAACAUACAAGAGUAUAGAUUUCGUCGCGUCCCCUUUGGAGUUAUCUCGAGUCCGUUUCUUCUAGGGGCAACCGUUGAGACACAUCUUGAUUCAUAUAAAAGUGAUGUAGCACGUAAACUUAAAAACGACAUCUACGUUGAUAAUGUAAUUACUGGGUCUGAGAACGAAAGUGAAGCAAUACUGUUGUAUAAGGAAGCCAAACAAAUGUUUACCGAUGCUUCAAUGAAUUUAAGAGAAUGGCUUUCAAAUAGUGACAUAGUCAAUGAAAUUAUUCCAAGAGAAGACAGAGCAGAGCAAAGUGUUAUCAGUGUGUUGGGACAUAUUUGGAACUCGAAAAAUGAUACAAUAGCUGUAAAGCCAAUUAAAGUUUUAAACACUAACACAGAGAUUUCGAAGCGAAGUAUACUAAAAGUGAUAGCAUCAGUGUUUGACCCGUUGGGCCUCUUUUCACCAAUCAUUUUGAGGGGGAAACUUCUACUCCAAGAUUUGUGGAGCAGAAAUCUUGAUUGGGACGAUCCCGUGGAAGACACUGAAACAAAGUUGUCAUGGACUUCUCUACGGCUUGAUUUAUACAAAUUAUCAGAAUACACACUACCCAGAUGUCUAGCUGUGAGUCAAACAGAUGAACAUAUUGAAUACCAUUUGUUAUGUUUUUGUGACGCGUCAUCAAAAUCCUACUCCGCAGUUGUAUACUUACGUCAGGAAAGUAAAGGACUGACAAAAGUUGAUCUGAUGUUUUCCAAAACACGUUUAACUCCAAUAAAAGGCAUGACAAUACCUCGUUUGGAACUAAUGGCAGUAUUAAUAGGUGUUAGAUGUCUGGAGUUUGUGUCAAAGCUAGUUAAAUUACCAAUCAAAAAACGAUAUUUGUGGACAGAUUCCGUGUGUGUUUUAGGUUGGUUAAACUCCAACAAAGUGUUACCGGUAUUUGUUAGAAACAGAGUGAAUGAAAUACUGCGUUGUGAAGACGUUAUCAUAUCUUAUACUAAUACAAAACAAAACCCAGCUGAUGUAGCUACACGAGGUACAACUAUUGAGGAUUUGAAUAAAAAUGAGCAAUGGUGGCAUGGACCUAGUUGGUUGCUGAAUCCUUGUGACUCUUGGUUUUGCUCUCAUGGAAAAGAACCAUUACUGAAAACCAAAAGUAAAAUUCAAGACUUUCACGAAUGCGACUUGUUGAUCUCUUCUACUACAUCAACUGAAACAUCAACGAAAGAACUUAGUUCUCCGUUUGAGAUAGAUGUUAGAGCAUAUUCUUCAAUCACAAAACUGUUUCGUGUUACAGCUCUAGCAAGACGUUUCGUGUAUAAACUAAGAAAACAAAAAAGCGAGAGUAUACAUAUCACAGCAAAUGAAAUAGAAGAUGCAGAGAAGAUGUGGUUACUGUAUAUUCAAAAGAAGAAUUAUCCAGAAGUGUAUGAAGGAUUUUCAAAAAAUAAACCAACAAAUAUUCAGAAGCAGUUGGGACUAUAUUUGGAUGAUUGCGGCAUUCUGAGGAGCAAAGGUAGACUUGAAAAUGCAAGUCUAAGUGAAGGUGCCAGAUGUCCUAUCUUACUACCUAAAAAAGACAUAUUUACCAGAUUAGUCGUUGAAAGUGUACAUAAACUUUGUCUUCAUACUGGCAUUUCACAGACUUUAGCAAGUGUUAGACAUAAAUAUUGGAUUCCGCAGGGACGAGCUGUGGUACGAUCAGUUAUCAGUGCAUGUACAAUUUGUCGAAAGGUUGAAGGGGGUCCAUAUAAAAUGCCAAACAUGCCAUCGAUACCAAAAAUGAGAGUCAGUGAGUCCAGUCCAUUCACUUAUACUGGAUUAGACUACCUUGGACCAUUUUACAUAAAACAUACUGGUGAAACAAAGAAAGUAUGGAUUUGUAUAUUCACGUGUCUUGUGAUUCGAGCAAUUCAUUUGGAGGUCAUUCAAGAUAUGUCAAGUGAAGAAUUUAUGUUGUGCUUAAGACGAUUUAUAUCACAGAGAGGCACACCUAUUCAAAUAAUAAGCGACAAUGCGUCACAGUUCAAAUCAGCAAGCACUGCAAUGUACAGAAUUUGGAAAAAUGUUUUAUGCGCUGAAGAAGUUCAAACGUAUGUUGCAACUAGGAGUAUUAAGUGGUCGUUUAAUGUUGAACUUGCACCUUGGAUGGGUGGUUUUUACGAGCGACUUGUAGGCAUUGUAAAAAGAUGUUUUAGGAAAAGUAUUGGAAGAAAGUUGUUAACAUUAAUACAGUUUAUCACCUCUAUGAAGGAAGUCGAAGCAGUAGUAAACUCCCGACCUCUUGUCUACGUAGGCGAUGAUAUAAAUUCUACUAUAGCGUUAACACCAAAUCACUUUUUGUCGCUUAAUCCGUUUACAGGAAUUCCAGAAAUGUGCAACGAUGAAACAGACAACGAAAAGGACGUUGACUACAUUCCAUAUGAAAACACACGUGACAAGUUGUUAGCUUUAUGGAAAAAAGGCCAAAAUAUGUUAAAUUCAUUUUGGAAAAUGUGGAGAGAAGAUUAUUUAAUGAAUUUACGUGAACGUAUGCAAUUUGCAUUAAAGACAGGGAAAACAACAUCAUCAUUCAAAGCGAAAGAAGGUGAUGUUGUUCUUAUUAAGGAUAAUCUUCCUAGAGGUUGUUGGAGAAUAGGAAAAGUGUUAGAGCUUGUUAAAAGUCGUGAUGGAUAUGAACGUUCGGCGAAAGUGGCAUUACCGUCUGGAAAAGUACUAGGUAGACCUAUAAAUCUGCUCUAUCCAGUCGAAUGUCAGUCUGAUGAAAGAAAACAAAAGGCAGAAAGACCGAAUAAAAUUAAUGAAAAUUCUAAAGAACAGAAAACGUCAGAAACAAAACGUCCUUCACGUAAAGCAGCAAUAAGUGCUAGAGAGAAAAUUAUAAAAAUGAUAUGA